AUGAAUAAUAAUAUAGAUAUGAAUUUAUAUAAUGAAAAAAAUGAGCGAGGAAUUAACAAAAUUCGAAAUCUUAUUGAUCAAUUAGCAAUUACAUAUGAAAAUCUAAUUACUGCUGAAGAAUAUCUCGAAUAUGAAAAAGAAGCAGCACAUCAAAUGAUGACUAAUGAAGAAAUUAUACAAAUUAUAAAUAAACCGGAGGAUAAUUUGAAUAUUGAUAAAACUAUCAAAAUGUCUAUUAUUACUCAUCAUAAAGCAUCUGAAGCACUCGAAAAAAAAAAUAAACAAGCUAAUGAGAUAAAUAAUUUGAGUUAUGAAGAACUGAAACAACUCAAAUCACUACAAAUAGAACAAGAAAAAAUAAAAGGUCAAAUUAAAGAAAACCAUUGCCAAUAUCAGGAGGCAGAAAGAAAUAGAAAUGCUCAAAAAGCUGCUGAAAUACUACAAGCAAAUGAAUAUGAUUUUAGUAGUGAAAUUGAACAAAUAUUAAACGUUCUCGAAGGUAAAUUAAAUCCUAAUGAUACUUUACCUACCUCUAAUACAUACUUUGGUCAAAAUUUUAAUUCUAAUAAUCAACCUCUUCUUAACGCUCCAAGAGGCUUCGCCUCCCAACCAAAUAACUUGAGUAGUACAAGAAGACCUUGA